AUGUUUCCUUCCUUAUCUAUUUCUAUGUCACAAGAAAGUUCCGAAGUUAUGACAUUUGUGAUGGAGCAUUUAACUGCCUUAGAAGAAAGUAUAGACAAGUAUUUUCCUGAUUUAGAUAUUUCCGACCUUGAAGAAGAAGAGGAACUCGCUGAAAUACGAAACAAUCGAACUCUUUUAUCAAAGAACAAAAAUGUUCCAUUAAAUGAAUUUUGGGUUUACGUUGAAAAAAUUCAUGAUAAAAUUGGCAAAAAAGCUCAAAAAAUAUUAUUGCAAUUUUCGACGUCAUAUUUACGUGAACAAGGAUUUUCCACUCUUGUAAACAUAAAAUCAAAUAAACGAAUGAAAAUGGAGUUCAUUGAAGAAGAAAUGAGAGUAUGUCUUUCAACUAUUCGACCACAAACAAAAGAUUUGUGUAAAAAAAAAAUAAGCCCAAGUACCACAUUAGUUUCAUAA